AUGGAUCUCCCUAUGCUGGGAAGUCUGCAAACUGAAGCCGUCAAUGCACGGACAGGCAAUAUCGAUCAGAUCCCAACAAUAGACCUAUGCAGGGUCAUCAAUGCAGAGGAUCAUCAAGUCGCCCCGAGCGUCACCCCAUUUCUCCCGCAAAUCGCAGAAGCCAUUGAUGCUCUUGCUGCCCGAGUGCGCCGAGGCGGCCGGGUGGUGCUUGGUAUAUUGGAUGCAUCCGAGAUCCCGCCAACCUUUGCAGCGCCGCCGUCGCAGUUCAUUGGACUGAUCGCGGGUGGCGAUGCAGCCAUCCGGCGUGCGCAGGAAGGCGCCGAGGACAGUGUGUCUCAAGGCGAAACGGAUCUCGCUGCACUUCAGCUUGAUGCUGCGCUUGAUAGUGUGAUUGGUAUUGCAGCAUCAGGCCGCACGCCCUACGUGCUGGGUUGUAUGGCGUUUGCCAAGCGCAUCGGAUGUCUGACAAUCGGUGUUGCCUGCGCCUCGCCGUCUGCUAUGAGCCGAUCUGGAGAUGUUGAUAUUAUGCUGUCUCCUCUGCCUGGGCCGGAGGUGGUGACGGGGAGUACCCGGUUGAAGGCCGGGACGGCGACGAAGUUGGUGUUGAAUAUGUUGAGCACGGGGACGAUGAUUCGGAUUGGUAAGACCUAUGGGAAUAUGAUGGUCGACUUGGUCGCUUCAAAUGAAAAGCUGAAGCAACGGUCGCGGAAUAUUCUCAAACGGCUCAGUGAGCGAUGUCAUUCCAUGGACGAUUCCGAGCUGGAUGCUCUCCUUGCGAAAUGCAAUCGGAGUGUCAAAUUGAGCUUGUUAGUCGCCGAGACUGGUUUGACAGUGGGCGAAUGCCAACGCGAUUUGGAUGCCGCUAAGGGUGUUCUUGCAAAGGCGCUCCAGCAUAGAAAUCCCCAAGAUGCCAUGGAGAAGGCCCACAUAGCACCCUCAUCGUUCGCGAACUGCUUUAAGGCUGUGUGGCUUGGAUUAGCGGGUAUUGACCGCAGCCGGUUCCACGAGAUCUUGACCCCUAAACUGCAAGAUGCCUUUGGGGUGUCCGGAGAAGCUCUCCGGCUCACAAAUGAUGUUGACCUGCUGGCUGGGGCAAUGAUUCAGCAUGCUAAGGUGCGAUCCGCAGUAGUAGUGAUUGCUGGGACUGGGAGCGUCGCAAUGAUAUAUGAAUGGGACGCGCAACAACAGCACCCACGACGCGUUGCACGAUCUGGCGGAUGGGGACAUCUUCUCGGUGACGAAGGAGGUGGUUAUGCCAUUGGCCUGCAUGCACUGAAAUCGACGAUGAGCGCGCUGGAAGCGCGACGAUUGGGAUUGCGGUCUCUCCCUUUGGAGCCGUUACAUUGCGCAGUGCUAGAUCGACUUGGAUUUGGUGUUUCUGACGGGAAAGAGAUUGACCUGGUUGGGGAGAUCCUGGUCGGUCAUCAAGAGAAAGACAUCAAAGUGCGCAUCGCCAGUCUGGCCGAGGUCGUCUUGAAUCUGUCAUCGACAGACGAAAUAUCCAAAGGCAUUGUGGAAGUGCAGGUGAAGCAGCUUGUGGAAACGACUGUCGGGCGUCUCAUUCAUCCUGGAUGCAGUGGGUUCACGGCAUCAGAACAAACUGGCCUCAUUCUCUCCGGAAGUCUGCUGGGCCACGACCAGUAUAGAAAGGUUUUCUUGCAACAUCUGAACGCGCACUUUGCGUAUGUGGAGCACAUCAGGGAGGCAGCGGUGGUGGGAGCGCAGUCACUAACGAUGCUGCUGUUCGGGAUCAUCGCCCAGAUGAAGCAGAUGAACAUCAAGCUUAACUACAACCAGCUGGCGGCGCACAUGGGCUCCGGUAGUGUCCCUACCCCGAAUGGAGAAGCCUUCUUACUCACCGAGGUCUUAGAAUGUACCGCUGUUGCGGUGCAGUUGCAUCUGAAGAGACUCCGUCGACAAGUUGAAGGGUCCGGCAGUACAGAGAACACUCCCAACGCGAGUCCCGCAAAGCGCAAGGCGACCGGAGAACCCAAGACCCCCACCAAGCGAGGAAAAGGAAAGAAGGCUAGUCUCAAGGAAGGCAUUGAGUUGACCGUCGAGGAAGAUGAUGAGGAGGACAGCAAGAUGGAGGUGAAGAAGGAGGCUGGGUAUGACUUUGAUUCCGCUGUGUGA